AUGGAGACGUAUAACGGUCUCGUGCGCACGCCUGCCGAUGCGAUAAUAUUGUUCGAGGCAUGCCGCAUAGGCCUACUACCGCGCGUACAGCGCCGCCUGUCUGAGAAGGAACGUCAGUCCAUCAAGUCAGGCUCCGUCUUUGUCUGGGACGAGCGCGAAGCCGGCAUGCGACGAUGGACUGACGGCAAGUCUUGGAGCGCAAGCCGCGUGUCUGGGAGCUUUCUGACGUACCGUGAAAUGGAGGGCAAGCGAGGCGGCAGUAACUUUGACAAGAAUGCCAACCGUGACGGCGUUCAAGGUGCUGAAGCUGAGGACGAUGGCGGGCCUGAUGGGUACCGUUACAAGCCGGAUGGCUUGAUGAAGCAGUCCUUUUCAAUCACAACGAACAAUGGCCAGCAUCUGCACCUGAUUAGCUACUUCUCCCGCACGGCAUCGCAGACCCAGACCCUUAUGCAGCCGACUAACGAUCCGCAACUGCGUCACAUUCGACCGGAGAAAGGCAUGUACCCAGAGUCGACCGUUCAUGAGCAGAGCACCAUUCCCGCCGUGACCCGCGGCCCAAUGAGCUCACCCGGCUACGUACCUGCAGCUCAUCAAUCACCAUAUGCACGUCCUGGCCACUACCCAUAUCCUCAGCAGCCAUGGCCACCAAGUCCAAUGCAUACUCCACCGCAGCACCCUGGCUACGGACCAUACUAUCAG